UUGGCUGAAGGAGUAAGGUAGCCCGCAGAGACUGCUCCUUCCUUCCCCACGGUUCAGUCCCGUCAGUGGAGCGCGAGGCGCGGCGCACGCACACACGGCUCUCACAUACUCGCCCGCACGCGUGAAAAAGGUUCAGAGACACAGAGAGGGACUCAACGGAGGACUUUGAUUUUUGGAGAGUGGGACUAAGCGGAGCAUGAAUUUGCCAUCAAGACAUCGAUCCACACCUCAGGACAAACCAAGUGAACCUUUAAGGGGAGAAGCAAACGGACGCAGAUUUUAAUACAACAUCCCCUUUUUGACGGAGGGGAGAUGCACCCGUCUUUUGCUCCAUAAAUUGUCACAGUUUGCAUGAAUGCAAAAAUACAGUGCUGGAUCUAUUUCCUGCAAAGCCUAUUUUUUUUGUCCUAUUUUUUCUUCUUCUUGAGGGCUGAUAGUUUAUCUGCAGCGAACAACAACGAGACACAAACAGUGUGGGUUUGAGCGCAUUUUCUCUGUGACUUGGACUUGCCUCAGAGCGGAGUUUGACUCCUCAUCAUGGGUGCACAAGCUGACAGAGGAAGAGCGCCGAGAUCAUCUUCUGACAUGCUGGCUGUCUCCUGGCUUUUGAUUUGUCUCCUGAUGGAAACUGGAGUGGCUCAAGUGGACGAUGACUUUAUUGGUCUCGGGGAGCUGCCUGAAACCUUCCCAUCAGACCCCCCAGAGCCGCUGCCUGUGUUUCUGAUGGAGCCAGAGGAGGCCUACAUAGUGAAGAACAAGCCUGUCAACCUGUACUGCAAAGCCACUCCGGCCACCCAGAUCUACUUCAAGUGCAACAGUGAGUGGGUUCAUCAGAAGGAUCACACGGUGGAGGAGCGCGUCGACGAGAACUCUGGUCUGGUGGUGCGAGAGGCCAGCAUAGAGAUCACCCGGCAGCAGGUGGAAGAGCUGUUUGGCCCUGAGGACUUCUGGUGUCAGUGUGUGGCCUGGAGCUCCGCUGGGACCACCAAGAGCCGCAAAGCCCACGUUCGCAUCGCCUACUUGAGGAAAACCUUUGACCAGGAACCUCUUGGAAAGGAAGUGUCCCUCGAACAGGAGGUGCUGCUGCAAUGUCGCCCACCUGAAGGCAUCCCAGCGGCCGAGGUGGAGUGGUUAAAGAAUGAGGAUGUUAUCGACCCUGCAGAUGACAGGAACUUCUACAUCACCAUCGACCACAACCUGAUCAUCAAACAGGCCCGCCUCUCCGACACCGCAAACUACACCUGUGUGGCCAAGAACAUAGUGGCCAAGCGACGAAGCACCACCGCCACAGUUAUCGUCUACGUGAAUGGCGGCUGGUCGACAUGGACAGAGUGGUCGGUGUGCAACAGCCGCUGCGGCCGGGGUUACCAGAAACGCACACGCAGCUGCACCAACCCAGCCCCGCUCAACGGCGGCUCCAUCUGCGAUGGGCAAGGCAUCCAGAAGCUGGCGUGCAAUCCUCUGUGCCCAGUGGAUGGCCUGUGGACAGAGUGGAGUAAGUGGUCCACCUGUGGGACAGAGUGCACCCACUGGAGGAGGCGAGAAUGCGGCGCUCCGGCACCCAAAAACGGGGGGAAGGACUGUGAGGGCAUGGUACUCCAGUCCAAGAACUGCACCGAUGGGCUGUGCAUGCAGAGUUCCUUUUAUCAGAAGUCCUCUGAGGCUAGAGACAGGAAUGAUUUGGGAAAAUCAUUGGCCCCCAGUACGGAUGAUGUGGCCCUGUAUGUGGGCAUCGUCAUAGCCGUGAUCAUGUGCCUGGUGAUCUCUGUCGCCGUGGCGCUCUUCAUCUACAGAAAAAACCACCGUGACUUCGACUCUGACAUCAUCGAUACUUCGGCCCUCAACGGAGGCUUCCAGCCUGUCAGCAUCAAAACAGCCCGUAAAGCUGAUCUCCUAACAGCCCCCCCUGACCUGACAUCAGCGGCGGCCAUGUACCGGGGCCCUGUCUACGCCCUCCAUGAUGUAGCUGACAAAAUCCCCAUGACCAACUCCCCUCUGCUCGACCCUCUGCCCAACUUGAAGAUUAAAGUGUACAACUCCUCAGGCUUAGUGACCCCGCAGGAUGACUUGGGAGGGGAAUUUUCCUCCAAACUGUCACCGAAGCUACCUCACUGCCUCCUGGACAACAGUGACAGCACGAUGGGCCGCCGCACGCAGACCCAGACGCUCCUCCGGACCCGGGAUCCAUCCUGCACAGCGUUGGGUUCUUUCAGCUCGCAAGGGGGGCAUCUAAUUGUGCCCAACUCAGGGGUGAGUCUGCUUAUUCCAGCGGGGGCCAUUCCUCAGGGCAGAGUGUAUGAGAUGUAUGUGACGGUUCAGAGGAAGGACAACAUGAGGCCGUCGGUGGAUGAUGGCCAAACUGUGCUGGGCCCUGUGGUGAGCUGCGGGCCCCCCGGGGCUUUGUUGACUCGGCCCGUCAUCAUCACCAUGCACCACUGUGCCGUGUGUGACGGCCAACAGGAUUGGCUGAUCCAGCUCAAGAACCAUUCGCAGCAAAACCAGUGGGAGGAUGUGGUGGUGGUAGGGGAAGAAAAUUUCACCACGCCGUGCUACAUCCAAAUGGACGACGAGGCCUGCCACAUCCUCACAGAGACGCUAGGCACCUACUGCCUGGUGGGCCAGUCUCUGAGCGCUUCAACCACCAAGCGCCUCAAACUGGCCAUCUUCGGCCCCGUCACCUGCCCCGCCAUGGAGUAUCAUAUCCGGGUGUACUGCCUGGACGACACACAGGACGCACUGAAGGAAGUCCUACAGAUGGAGAAGCAAAUGGGCGGGAAGUUGUUAGACGAACCAAAGACCCUCAACUUUAAAGACAGCACUCACAACCUGAGACUUUCCAUCCACGACGUCCCGCACACGUUGUGGAAGAGCAAACUGCUCGCCAAGUACCAGGAGCUCUCCUUUCAGCACAUGUGGACGGGCUCUCAGAGAAACCACCACUGUUGCUUCACCCUGGAGCGGUUCUCCGCCAGCACGGUGGACCUGGCCUGUAAGAUAUGUGUGCGCCAAGUGGAGGGAGAGGGACAGAUUUUUCAGCUGGACACAACACUCUCAGAGGAUUCCCAGAGCAUUGACACUUCUCUGCUGGACCCGGCCAGUAACAUCACCACACUGGUUGGGCCAAACGCCUUUCGCAUCCCCGUCUCCAUCCGACAGAAGUUGUGUGGCAGUCUGGACGCACCUCAGACCAGAGGAAAUGACUGGAGGAUGUUGGCCCACAAACUAAACCUAGAUAGGUAUCUAAACUACUUCGCCACCAAAUCCAGUCCAACGGGAGUGAUCCUGGACUUAUGGGAGGCCCAGCACUUCCCUGACGGCAACCUGAGUCGCCUGGCCCAGGUGCUGGAGGAGAUGGGACGCCAUGACAGCCUUGUUCCUUUAUUUCCUUGGAAACAGCUGUCCGGUUAUUUGGAUGGACUGUGCGGAUAUGCGGAUGAUGCCCUUGCUUUAAACAACAGACUACACUUUCAGAGGUCAUGAGGAUCAAAGAAGCAAACGCUCCGAUCACAGGAGGCACCUCUCACUCCCAAGAACCUGUCGCCAUAGCAACACCAUGGACGAGUAUGUGUUCAGUGAUAACAUAAUAUUUAAUAAUAUGCCUAUUUAUACAUAUCUUUUUUUUUUUUUUUUUGUAUUUUAUGGAAUAUUUUGCUAAGUCCUCACAUUUCUGUUUCUGCUCUCAUUCUGUUCGACUGUAUCAUAGCACCUCCUGGUGGACACUUGCUGUAAUGACUCAUCCUUGUCAGCCACAUGUACAUGUACAGAAAGGAACCAUAAUGUAAUCAUUAAUAGUUUAAUGUUGCUGUCUUAACUACUUUAAUAUUUUUUACUCAUGUUGUGUUUUAUUAUAAUUGAUUUUGAAUUAUGUUUGCCUGUUUUAUAUGUCUUCAAAUAGUUUCGAUGAGUUGCAUUGGUUAAUUCUUUGCAUGUUUUUAGCAGAUCAAUUGGCUAAUUAAACCAGUGUGGAGGAAAAUGUGGACAAUUUACCCAAACGUAAUAAAACGCACGACUGAUGCUGAUGGUUUGUACGUUGUUCAGGAUGAUAUUAUCUACAUUAAAGACACCAGAGAGGAGAGACGACUGUAAAAAAAAAAAACGAAUCAAAAAAUAUAUUUUUAUAGAAGCAACUCAACAGAAUACGACUGCUUUUUACCAAAUAAUUGACAUACACUGUACGAUGUUAAAAUUUAAUACAGAAAAUAAUCAUCUAUUAAAUGUCAUUUUGAGAAGAAUCUUUUUUUUUUUUAUGUCCACAGUUGAAGGACAUUGGUGUGCUUUUCAAAGCAGACGUCUGUUUGUUGGUUGAGGACAGAAGUCAUGACUCACUGUGCAGCAACAUUAGCAAGAGUUGUAAACGCAACAUUCCUUUGAUGCAGCAGCAGCACUUGUGACUGUUCAGGUGUUCUCGGUUCCUUCUUUGAUCUUUGUGUUCUUUGAAUGGCAGUUGUCCCAGUUUUUGUUGUAAAGCUGUCUAUGCAAGCUGCAUCUUUCUGAAACAAUCUCUACAUUCUCUGUGGGCUAGCCUUUUGCAUUCCCUCGUCCUGCAGCUUCAUGAGUCUUAUUAUUGUAUAGUGAGAAUGUAGCCCGUCUGUUUCCUGGCGCUCAUGAUGUUUGUUUGCAAUUGCUUGCAUUUUCAUCUGUCAAGUUCUUGUACAAAGUGUAAGAAAGAAUUUUUAAGGACUAAUAAUAAAUUAUAUUUAUAUGCAACAUUGAA